ACUUCCAGCCGUUUCCCACUAAUUGGAAAACCCUCUCUAUAAAUUGCGGUAACCCUCUCUAACUGGAACUCACCGCAAACCCAGAAUAUCAAAGCUCAACCAUCACUUCUCUCAUCAUUCAGAAGCUCUUCUACGCCACAGCUCUUCAAUUCCUUUUCUCUAAACCAGCAAAAAUGGCCCAAGUAAGCUUCUCGAAGGCAGCUGCCCUCUCCAUGGUCCUCUUGGUUGCAUCUAUGGUCGCCCUUGUCUCCGCCCAGGAAAUGGCCCCUGCUCCCUCACCGUCGCUGGUCACCGGCGCCGGGUUUUCCGUCCCAGCGUCCGGCGCUUUCGUUGCCGUCUCCGUGGUUGUGUCUCUCAUGGGCUUGUUGAAGAUGUAGAGAGUUUUUACCUUUUCUUUGGUCACUUGAGCUUAUCUCUCUGUCUCUCAUUUUUUUCUUCUUUUUCUGGGUUUUGGAGCGUGGGUUUGGAUCUGUAUUGGAUCUUGUACUAGUUGGGUUUUUGGCCAUUGUAUGUACCGAAUCAGUUGAUCUAUAUAAUCAUAUAUCAUUAUUCAUUCAUCGUAGUAUCAUACUAUCUAUCUUGACUGUUAAAUUAAUCUGGUCCUGUUCCGUCUUCAUUUUUCCGGAGUUGGU